AAUAAAUCUAUAACAAUGCUAUGUUGCUGGUAUUGCAUUUUCCUGUUUUUUCCUGACUGUAUUUAUUAUUACUGUAAAACAUCUAAAUGUCCAUUCUGCAUUUCAUUAGUUCACAACAUAGAGGAGCUACAGGACUACAUUUGCGUGGGUCAGGACAGAGACGAUGGAGACACAAGAGCUGUACUUUUCGUCAAAGUGAAGAAAGGCUACGCUUUCACCCAACAACUGAAAGAGAAAAUAGCCCACACAAUUAGCAGAGAACUGUGGGUAGAUUACGUACCUCAAGUGAUUCGUGAAGUGGCCGAUAUUCCGUACAACCUGAACAAUAAAAGGAUGGAAAGUGUGGUUCGAAAAAUCCUUGCAACGAAUAAGAUUCCAGAAGUGAACAAUAUCAAGAAUCCAGAGUGCCUGAAAUACUACGUCAACAUUCCUGAAUUGGUCAACUACUACAAAAAAUAAUUUCUUUUUAACAAGUUUUGUCAGUCAAGUGAACUAAAAAACGUGAUGUCACAGAUAAUAUAAAUUUUAUGGCACAAAAUGCAUAAUUGCUGUAUGCACAUUGGCCCAAAUGUAUAUCUCAACAAAAUGUUUUAAAUAUGUUUAGCUCUUUGUGUUUAGUUUUGUUAUACAUUCACAUUUUUAAAUACUUGUUAAUAUAUUUAUCACGUUUUUCGUUAAGUGUAUAAAAUAUUCUUUUUGUUAUAUGAUUAUCAUGAUUUGUAGCACAUUUCAUUUUUUAAGGGUUAAAUUCGAACUAGUGAAAUAUCUUGAAAAUUAUUUGUUUAAAACGUGUACAUACUUACUGUUGUAAUAUAUACUUUCUCAAAUCUAUCAGUCAUUGUUAUUUUAGAUGAUUAAGAAUAGUUAGUAUAUAAUCAUUUUGCAUAAAGGAAAAACAUUUAAAAAUAAUUAUAAGGUCUUUUGAAAUGUAGAAAUAAAUAUUUAUAUUUUAUUGUUACUUACAUUGUUUUGUAAAAUAAAUUGUUUUUUCUUUUUAA